GCCGGGCCCGCGCACCAGGUCAUGGAGAGGAUGGAGGUGGAUCAGUGCGCAGGCGCAGGGGGCGGGGCGCUCCGCAGAUCCAACAGCGCCCCCAUGAUCACCAGUGUCAGUGAUGGGAUGACAGUCUUUAGUCCCAUGUCCUCAGCUCGAUACCGACGCAGCAGCGUCUCCAUCAACCCCAGCUGUCCGUCACAGCUCAUCCCUCUCUCUCCGUUCUCUCAAAGCGGAGACCGACUCGACCAGAAGAGACAGGAGGAGAACAUGGAGACAAUGCUUAGAGGAAGUCUGCACAGACUCAGUGCUUCCAGUCUGAUUCCGGUCCCUCCCGUCAGUCAGUGGCAUGAACACACUUCAACCAUGUUUCUUUCUUCUCAUCAGUGGUUUCAGUCGCAGGACAGCGGCGUCACACCAAACUCCUCCCCCAGUCCCACCCGGCGCUUCAGACCAACAGUCAACACCUCAGUCAGGGUUCCUGUGCUGACUCCACUGAAGAGGAAAGGUGGAGUCGAGUCGGACGGACCCCCGAAGAAGCUCUUUGUUGCAGGGAUAACAGACCCCGCCCACCGCAGCAGCUACACGGUCAGUGUCUCUCAGUCGACGGCAGAGCCUCCACCAGCAGGGGGCGUCAGUCCUCAGUCCAGCCCUCUGUCCCUCUCCCCUCCCCCCUCCUUCACCCACUUCAGCUCCCAGCAGCAGCCUGGACACUAAACCCCGCCCCCCUACACCCACCCUCAUCGCACCUUGUCCAGUGUUGCUGUAAGUUCCGCCUCUUCCUGUCCACACAUUUGACGGACAGAAGAACCACAGGAAGUUCAGAAGGGACAGUCUUUCAUCUCUGCUCGUUGUCAUGGAGACUGAAUCAUCUGUUGAAAACAUAAUCCCAGUUUCACUCGUCAGUUAAUCUCAUGUUGGACCAACACCUGUGGUUCCAGAGCCCCGACCUCAGAUCAGUCCACUGACGCUCAUCGGCAUCAUGACAACAACAUGAAGACACCGGCUGGAAGUGUGUGUCUGUGAAGACGCACACCUACAGUUGGUUUGUUGUCGAGCUGCUGAACCCGAGAAUCAACGUGUCGCAUUCAGACACGAAGAGGAAGUAAGGUUCACACGUGGAGAAGCUCAGGACCUGACGUUCAGCUCAGAGAAGACGAAAGAGACGAGACUGAUCCGGCUCGUCGCUCUGUCCUUUCAUGAAGGCACAGAUCUCCUCUGAUCCAUAACUGGAUGUUUCCUCAGAAGCUACAAUAAAGUCUUGUGUUAUUAUCAAGACAAAAACGCAGCAACUGAAAGAAGUUGAUCAGAAGCACUUCAGGUUCCACAGAAAUCAGGAAACUAACAGAACAGAAGCUUCACGUAGUCAAACUUUUAUCAAGAUUAAUCCAGAAAAGAUCCGGAAUCCGGCAUCGUGAGGGUUCGUGAUUCAUCUGCAGCCAGAAAUAUCUCCCGUAUGAACGCUGCCAUCUUGUGGUGAUGACGUCAUUUACAGUCAGUGUGGUAUCAAGGUCCCGCCCAGACACACUCAACCAAUCCUGAGUCAGUGUCAGCUGUCAAUCAUGGCAUCUCAGCCUGUUUUUAUAUCAUUAAAUAACUGAUUGAACAAAACUGAUCAGAGAUAAGAACGAGCUUUACUGCAGCCAGCCACCAGGGGGCGACCAGGUGAUUUGGAUUCACUUCUGGGAGCCUAAACGUCGUCCAUCUUUAUCCACUGAUCAGCCGAGAUGUUUAUACACCAGCACUUCGUCAACUCAGAGAACCAGGGUUACACACCAGGGUUAUAUUUCACGUUAUUUACACGUCGUCUCUGAAGAUCACGACACGGAUUAUUGUAUAAAAAUCCAAUGAAACAAGAAACUACAAAGUUUUUGUUACCAGAGAAACUUCUUUCGAGUUUUAACAAAAGGUUUGGUUGUCGGACUCGACUGCAGCUUCUCCUGUAACAGAAGAAAGUUGAGGGACGUUCAUGACUCCUGCUCAGCAGAAGACGCUCGGUGGGUUAUAGAUUAUCUUUAUGUGAAUAUUGACCGAGAGCAGCUGAUUCGUUCUUCAGCUGCAGUUUGAUUGUAAAUAUUGAAUCUGCAGAAACGACCCUAUUUUUGGAUCAGAAGCCGACUUGUUGUCGUGUUUUACUGUUACAAACAAAGUGAAUCAAUGUGUUGACCGUGUCGUGGUUAUUACCCAUGAUCCUCUGCUUCCUGAACCUGAAGAGCUGCUGCUGUAACUAAUCCACCAAACUGUUCAGAACUCUUCAUGUUUCACAGUUUCCUGCUGAAUACUGGAGAUAAACUCUGGUUGUUAAUAACUUCAGAGUGUUUGAACUGAUCUGAGUUCAGCUUCACUCUUCAGCUGCAGCUGGUUGUGUCUGUGACUCUCAGUCAGUUGUUCUCUCAGGAGAUGGAACCCACUCAGCAGAGUCACAGAGAACAGACGCUCAGGGAGAGAAGGAGGAAACUUUCUCUUGUUCACACUCACACAUCAGACUCACUUCAUCCAGCUGCUGCUUUCAGGUAGAAACGUUUAUGCUUUGAUGCUUUAAUCAUAUUCUGAUGAUAUGAACUCAUGUUGGCCAAAUUAUUCAGAACUGACGAUAAUUCUAAUUAAGUGAAACAGUUCACUGUUGGGGACUUUGAUUAUGCACAUAUCUCCUGCACUGUUAUACAGUCAGUAAAUCUCCAUAUUCAUAUAAAGAUGUCGUUUCAUUCCAACAUCUACAGACACGAUCACGUUUGUGACCAAAAAACAAUCCUCAACAAAAUGAUCUGCUUCGUCCUCGUUUGGUUUAUGAUGUGUUGAAAAUCAAACAACAAUCCAAACCAAACUUACCACAUCCAUCUUUAUUCAUAAUCUGUGAUUCACAUGGUGGUGGAUUUUUGACAUUAGCUGUAAAUUCGUUUUUUUUGUUCCCAAAAAAGAGAUUGUAAAGUUUAAUUAGAGUUUGGGAGCCGAGCUGCAGCAGCUUCAGUGUUUCCGCUGUCGCUCGUGGUUGUUCCUCAACAUGCAGCCAUCUUCCACGUGAGAUCUGACACUUGACUUCCUGUGUUCAGAUGAUCGGACCUGUCGCCUGUGACGAGUUUGUAAAUCGAGUCUUUAUCGCUGCUUGUUCCCGCUCCUGAGGUUUUGAGACGGAUCAGACGUUUUCUGUGAUCACAGCUUUGCAGUUCUAGAGACUGUUUUCUUUCUGUCACAUGAUAGAUAACAUGUCAUGUCAGAUGUUUAAGUUUUUCCGCUUCAUCUCAGUGAGUUUAUCCUGCUUCUAAAAACACUAAAUAUUCCUCGUUAGCUCGGAGUCGUCGUUCAGACGUCGGCCUCAGAUCUUUAUCAAAUUAGGGCUUUAAAAUGUGAAGCUCGUUACGAUAGCGAAUAUCUGGAUUAUUUUUUACAUUGUAAAGGCAAUUCAUUAAUUUAGUUAAUAUCGCCCCCUAUAGGCUGCAUAUCUCACUACAUAGUCUGUGCCUAGAUCGUGUAAUUUAACAUCAACCUACAGGACUUUUCAACAAUCUGUCUAUGAGAAGGUUUUUCUAACAGGAGGUUUUUGGUGAGAAGCCGGAUGGACGACUGAAGCUUUAACUCCUCGACAGUCAAACUGUUUUCACAUUUCUGCUUUAAGUUUUCACACCAAAAUAUAAGUUUUAUAAAAACAGCCAUAAAGUGACGGUUUUCAUGUGUUUUUAUCUGUCACAUUUCUUCACAAAUCUUCAAGAAGUAUUGUUUUAAAUCAACUUCAGUUUUUCUUUCAGUUUCAUUUACAAAGUUUCCAAAAUGUUUCUAUAUAUAUAUAUAUAUAUAUAUUUCUAAUAACUUGAUUUCAAACAUUUCUAAUGACAUGAAAAGGAUCGUGUUAGUACUUAAAGAAUGUUCUUUCUAGAAUUUGAAGGUUCUUGUCCGAACACAAGAUGGAUGUCGUUUAAUUUUCUUGUUCUUCACGAAAACAAACUUGUGAUUUAAGUUGAAACCGUCGACAGGUUUUGUUUCGUCCAUGUGCUGAUCAGGAAGUGAGUGAGUGGGGGGGGGGGGGGGGGGGCGUUAUCUUUCUGUUUGCUGUCCUCCAGACAGUCACUGGAUCUUCAGUAUUUAAGUUUCACUCUAGCAGAACAAAAUUAUUUCUCAGCACUGAUACGAUCAAAACAUUUGUGCUAAGCUAACUAGCUAGCCUGGUAUUAAACAGAUGAGUUUUAUCAACCUCUGAACUGUUCAUCACUUUUAAGUGAAAACAUACAAAGUGCUUGUGUCUCGAGGUUUUUCUUUACUCCAUCUUCACCAGCUGAUGGUUGAUUGUCUCGAUAUGACUGAGCAGCGUUGUGUCGUUUGAUUCAAACCGAAGAAUUACAGCCAACGCUUCGUCUUUGAGUUCAAAUAAAAGUGCUGAAAAAUGACAAAAAUCAUCCAGAGUGAGAUCCGACUUUAAAAAGGGCUGCGACGUUUUAUUCAACGCGAAUAAGGGAACGAAAAGCACAUCAUGAAAACACAAAGUAUUUUUAAAGUGUAAAUAUUUUUUCUUUCUUUUAGACAAAUUCUCUACGUAAGACGGAGGAGAUGUAUUUUUAUGCAACAGAAUAAUUAAAGUGUAUAUUCAUGUGUUCAUCCUCUCAGCUGUAAACAUGAUUCAGGAUGACUUUUAGUUUGAAUGGAAACAUGUUCACAUUAUAAAUAAAUAUAAUGUAUAUGAAAUCUAUCAAUUAAAGAAAAUCUGAAACCAA